AUGGAUAAUAGAACUAACGAAACUCAUCAUACACCAUUGGAAGUUAUUGUUAUUAAAUCUACUAUUUUUAUUAUUAUCGCUAUAGCCGCUGUUAUUGGCAAUAGCUUAGUUAUUAUUGUUAUUUCUCAAUAUGGACGUAAUGCAACCCAGACUGUAACAAACUAUCUUAUCAUGAAUUUAGCUAUUCUCGACAUUAUUAAUGGAUUAUUUCAAUUACCACUCUAUUUAGUCAAUAUCAUAGCUGAUAGACAAUUUUAUGGUGAAAUUGGUUGUGCUAUUCAUGUACAAAUUGGAGGUAUGGGCUUUAUCGGCUCUAUUCACAAUUUAAUGUGGAUAGCUAUAAUACGCUAUCUUGUGGUUGUAAAAUCUAAAAAAUUACAGUCAAGACAUGCAUACUAUUGCAUUGGUAUUAUUUGGGCAACAUGUAUUUUAGUACCGGCUGUGUCGUUUCUUGGAUGGGGUAAAAGUGUUUAUGUAGACAUUGAGAAAGGCUGCGUUCCCGAUUGGAAUGGAAAUAGCAUAAGUGGAAUAGCUAGGGGCAUCUAUGAUGCUGUUAUCGAUUUCGCCAUACCUCUAAUUGUUAUUACUUACUGCUACUUGUUUAUUUUUCUCUUUCUUUCAAGGAAACGGAGAGAUAUGAUUUGUGAUGGUUUUCAAUCACCUACAGCUAUGGAUAAGGCUAACGUCACUUCAACCAUGUUUAUCAUAUUUAUUGCAUUUCUAAUCUGUAUUGCGCCUUGGAGUUUAUUAGCAUUUAUUAUUAUACCAAUAUCUAAAGUAAUAGUACCUGAUGGCGUCUACUUUACAUCUUCAGCGUUAGUAUUCUGUAACUCUGCUAUUAAUCCAGUCUUAUACGCAUAUCGAAGUAAGGAUUUUCGUAUAGGAUAUAAGCAAGCUAUUCAUAAAAUUUGUAGAUGCCGUUAUAAUUGA